AAGAAACUAUUCAAACUGCAGGAGCGAGCGUCAUGUCCGAUCCGGCAAACCGCUCUAAAUUUUGGCAUUUGGCGUAGAUUCACCUUGGCAGAACCUGGCCUAGUUUCGUUUCCGUGUUUUUGCCUUUUGCCUUUGGCAAUAGCCUAGGCCCAUUCAUUUUUACUCUUGUCUUCGCGUGCACAGGUUGUCUAGAUCUAGCUGGUUCUCGUCGACACAGAAACAAUAGUUUGAAGUCUUGUUUAAAAUCUUAUCAGUUAUGCCGUUGUCUGCUAAAACUGUCCUGGUGACGGGGGCGUCCAGAGGAUUGGGAUUGGAAUUAAUUAGACAAAUUCUCGCCUUGCCGAAAGCACCAGAAGUGAUUAUUGCAACCUGUCGAAACCCAAGUUCUGCAGCUGACCUACAGGCUUUGGCCAAAGCAAAUCCGUCUGUGAACGUGGUCAAAUUAGAUGUUGAGAAGGAUGAAGACAUCGUUUCUGCUGUCAAGGAAACCAAAAGCAUCCUUGGAGACCGAGGACUGAACCUUUUGAUCAACAAUGCUGGUAUCCUUUUGGGUGGCCUCGAGGGCAGCCUUGCAGCUCAGUCACGGGAAGACUUGCAGAGGCAUUUCGAUGUCAACUGUUCUGGCCCCAUCAUCGUGGCACAGAAGUUCCUGCCUCUCCUAGAGCUAGCAGCAGCUCAGAACAAGUCCCAGCCCAUGAGUUGUAACAAAGCUGCCCUCGUCAAUGUUUCGACCAUCAUGGCAUCUCAAAACCUGACAUAUCAACAUGGAAUCGGGACGACUUAUGUGUACAAGUGCUCCAAGGCUGCAGUGACCAUGGCCACAAUUAUGAUCUCUCGAGAGCUGAAAAGUGCUGGUAUCCUGGCUUUCUCUCUUCACCCAGGCUGGGUACGCACAGAGAUAGGAGGAGAUGCAGCCCCUCUGUCGACUGAAGAGAGCAUUUCAGACUGCCUCCGUGUGAUCGCCGCUCAGACCGAGAAGAACAAUGGGAAACUUGUUGAUAACACUGGUGCCGUGUUGCCUUUCUAAAGAGCUGCUCAGUUUGUUUUUGUUGGGUUUUUUUGGGAGGGGGGUGGUAGGUUGCAUUGCACACAGCUUUUAUUUUACUACUCUUGUGUGAGAUAAAACCUAUUGAAAUAUUUUUAUGCUCUCUUUUCCCUGACAUUUUACUCUUUCAGUAGUCAUAACAUUGAAUUUAAAAUGAACGCUAUCCUAUGUGCCAUGUCUUGUAGACAUGUCAAACGAAGGAAUGUUUUCUUGCUUACGGCAAGGGUCCCACAGAGGAAUGUACUCUUACUAUCUUCAACCUUCGAGCAGAUUUUUAUUUGGUUAUCUGUCUUUGAGCAUAAUACGAUGAUCAAGCAUUUUUUAUAUUUUUUUUUGGGUAGUAAUUGUGUGGAACUCAGGAGGAUUAAUAUUUCGAUUUAGUAAAAUUUUUAAAAAGUACAAUAUUGGGAUUUCAUCUGCAAUGUUGUUAGAAUUUUACUCACUCACUCUUCGUGCAGGAAGCAAUAAUAUUUGCAUUCAUAAUAUAUAUAACAAUUAAUUAUUUAUCUCAGGUGAAUUUUGAAGCCUUUAACAGGUGUUUGAAAAAUCUAAAGAUUUGCUUGCAAGCAGUUGUUUAAACUGUAACAAACUGAUUAGAUUUUUCAUUAUCUUUAGCUGGUUGCCCAUUCCCAUGUUGAUGAAGUGAAGAAAAUAUUAUGUAUAAAGAACAAAACUCUUCUGAAGGAGUUUGAACUCAUGACCUUUUGGUUAUGAGCCUGACAGCCUAACUGCAAGACCACCACUUUCAGCACACAAGUGACAGCUUUGACUACGACCCUGAAUGCAACAUUAAUGAUUAGAGCAGUUUGUCUCUUUUUUUUGCUACCGA